AUGGCACCCACUGACUAUAAGUUUGAAGGAUGGCUUGGGCGAAGUCCUGAUAGCAUCAAUGGAAAGAUGGAAUGGGGAGAUUUCGAGCCCAAGAAGUGGACUGAGGAUGAUGUUGACAUCGAAGUAACGCACUGCGGCAUGUGCGGCAGCGACUUACAUACUCUGUCUUCUGGAUGGGGAGAGGUACCCUACCCCUGCUGUGUCGGUCACGAGAUUGUCGGUAAGGCUGUCCGGGUAGGGAGCAACGUGAAGAACAUCACACUUGGCGACCUCGUCGGCAUCAAUACAUAUGCUGCUAAGUACCCCGACGACAUGGGUAUAUCCUACGGGGGGUAUUCAAACUACAACCGGACGAAUGGCCACUUUGUCGUCAAAAUUCCUGACCAACUGGCUUCCGAACAUGCCGCACCAAUGCUCUGUGGGGGCAUCACCGUUUACAGACCAUUGAAAAUGAACGGGUGUGGCCCUGGCAAGUCGGUGGCUAUAGCAGGCGUUGGCGGUCUAGAACACUUUGGUAUCCUGUUUGCCAAAGCUCUCGGCGCAGAUAGGGUUACUGGUAUCUCAAGGAAAGAGUCGAAACGGAACGAGGUUCUCUCACUCGGCGCCGAUGAGUAUAUCGCGACCGAUGACGAGUCAAAUUGGGAAGAGACAUAUAGGCGGAAGUUUGAUCUCAUCAUAUCCACGGUGUCGAGCGAAAUGAUGCCGAUGAAUGGGUACUUGAAACUUCUCAAGACUAAAGGCAGUCUGAUUCAAGUUGGUGCACCGGAUGGUGGCGCCCUGCCUCCAAUCAAUGUCUUCACCCUCCUUUCUAACGAAAUUAAGCUCGGAGGAAGUCCAAUUGGGCCACCUGGGGACAUUAGAGAGAUGCUCGAUUUGGCGGUCAAGAAGAGCGUAAAGCCCUGGAUAGAGUUGCGGCCGCUCAAGGACGCCAACCAAGCCAUCCUCGACUUGAAAGCAGGCAGGCCGCGGUUUAGAUAUGCCCUUGUGAAUGAAAAGAACGCCUAG